ACGGCGGGGGUGAUGGGAGUCCGGUCAGUCAGACCCCAAACAGGCUUCCGACGCACAGACACGCUAUGCGCUCUGACGCAUAACUUUCCCAACAAUCUGCCAGAAAAAAGAAAGAAAGAGAGAGGGCAGAGGCGCGCGCGGCACUUUGUUUCAAAGGACCUCGCGAGUUAAUGAGCACGCGCACCUGAGGAGGACGAGAAACAAUUAAAAAGGUUUUGGGUCUGGAAGAGCGCGUUUUCGGGAUUAUCAGAGCCUAGGUGGGGGAUUAAGAGCUGAAGAUGCGGGAGCAGUGAGGCAGCCCGGUGCGCGCUCUCCACCGCCUGACGCGCCACAGUCCCGCAGCUGGAGGGGCUCCCCGGCCCCCAUCUUCUCACUGACCACACGUUUUCCCUUUGGAUUUUAACAAACAGAAGAUUUGUUCUAAACUCUGCAGUCCUCGUGCGCCGCGCGGAGUUUUCCCCCCAUGGAUCUGUGGCUCUGCGCCUCCCUCGCGGCGAGGUCUGGCUGCGGCGCGCGCGGCGCUGCGCGCUCGGUGUGACGGACAGACCAGCCCGCAGCUUUAAACGCAGGAGUUUCACACCUGGUAUACCGGGCCAGUCAGCAGCAGGAUCAGGAUGAGAAGAUGGCUGGCUGUGUGUUUCCAAUGGGACCAGAGAGCUUUCAGCGCUUCACGCCGGACUCCCUGGCGGCCAUCGAGCAGCGCAUCGCCCAGGAGGAGGCCCGACGCAAAAAACAUUACCAGGAGGACCUGGGCGAUGUGGAGCUCCCCAGACCCCGGCCUGACCUGGAGGCGGGGAAACAGCUGCCACGCAUCUUCGCUGACAUCCCUCCUCAUCUGUUGGGCGUUCCCCUGGAAGACAUCGACCCGUUCUACUUCAAAGACAAGAGGACUUUCAUAGUCCUGAACAAGGGGAAGGCCAUCUUUCGUUUCAGUGCCACGUCAGCCCUCUACAUCUUCAGCCCCUUCCACCCCAUCCGCAGACUGGCCAUCAAGAUCCUGGUCCAUUCAUUAUUCAGUCUCUUCAUCAUGUGCACCAUCCUAACCAACUGUUGCUUCAUGGCCAUGUCAGAGCCGACGCCCUGGGCCAAAUACCUGGAAUACACCUUCACAGGUAUCUACACCUUUGAGUCACUAAUAAAGAUCCUGGCCAGAGGAUUCUGUGUGGGGCCCUUCACCUUCCUGAGGGACCCUUGGAACUGGCUCGACUUCAGUGUCAUUGUGAUGGCGCUGUUAACAGAGUUUAUCAAAGUAGGGAACCUGCAGGCGCUGAGAACGUUUAGAGUGCUGAGAGCCCUGAAAACUAUCUCAGUCAUCCCAGGCCUGAAGACGAUUGUUGGCGCUCUGAUUCAGGCGGUGAAGAAACUGGCCGAUGUGAUGAUCCUGACGGUCUUCUGCCUGAGCGUUUUCGCCCUCAUCGGCUUACAGCUCUUCAUGGGAAAUCUGCGGCAGAAAUGCGUCCGCACCACAGCACACUGCAUCAACGGCACACUGCCUACCAACACCUCCUUCUACUGCAACAACAAGACCUGGACCUCGAUAAAGGAGUUCACUGAAGAUGAAGAUAACUACUACAAGGUGGAAGGGGCCAAAGAUGCCUUAAUAUGUGGGAACAGCAGCGAUGCGGGGAAGUGUCCAGACGGGUUUGAAUGUCUUAAAGCAGGAAGAAACCCAAACUACGGUUACACCAGCUUUGACACGUUUGGCUGGGCCUUCCUGUCCCUGUUCCGUCUGAUGACUCAGGACUACUGGGAGAACCUUUACCACCAGACCCUGCGCUCCGCCGGCAAGACAUACAUGGUGUUCUUUGUCGUGGUCAUCUUCCUUGGCUCCUUCUACCUGAUCAACCUCAUCCUGGCUGUGGUCGCCAUGGCGUACGAGGAGCAGAACCAGGCAACCAUUGCUGAGGCCUGCCAGAAGGAGAAGGAGUUCCAGCUGGCCAUGGAGAUUCUCAAAAAAGAACAACAGAUUGCUGUUCAGAAAACAGUUGAAUCUGACGCUCGGACGUCUCUCGAUGCCUCACCCUUUGGCCCACCACUGGACAGCUUGGAAGAGCGAAGGCGGAGCCAAGCGCUGAUGGGUGUUGCUGACUCAGAUGCAAACUUAUCAGAUGAAAAGCUUCUGCAGGUGGACAUUACAGAUGGGGGGAAGUCCCUCCAUCCCUUCCUCGCCCGCUCCUUCUCCACCAGGACUCGGAGAGGAAGUCAGGUCUCCUCCAUUUUUAACUUUCGCCUGAGGAGCCGCGGGUCUGAAGGAGAGAUGGCCGACGAUGAGUACAGUGUCCCGGGGGAUGUGGAAGGAGUCAGGAGUCGCACAUACAGUGGAGGAACCUUCAGUGGCAUUCUGCCCCAGCCGUGGUCCAAACGACGACUAAGCACCUUCAGCACAGCCAGCAAGAACUCGCAGGUGUUUUAUCCAACUCUCAACAUCAACGGGAAGUUGUUUGUUGCUGUGGAUCAGAAUGGGGUUUCUCCAGCGCCACUGCAGGGGCAGCUGCCCGCCUGCACCAUGGAGAAGGUCAAGGAGGAGAGUGUGAGUCCGGUCCCCACGUCCACCACAGAGCUCAGUACCAUGCUGCUGCCUCGGCCUUCAUCCACAAACGGCUCGGAAAGGCGAGGAAGAGCACCGAGCGCAACCAGCUACCUCACAGAUGCCAUGGAAGAGCUGGAGGAGUCACAUAAGAAAUGCCACCCCUGCUGGUAUGUUUUUGCUCACCAGUACCUGGUGUGGGAGUGCUCCCCCUGCUGGCUGAGGCUGAAGCAGCUAGUGAAGAUCAUGGUGACGGACCCCUUCCUGGACCUGGCCAUCACAGUGUGCAUUGUGCUGAACACGCUCUUCAUGGCCAUGGAGCACUACCCCAUGACGGAAGAAUUCAACGGCAUGCUCACCAUCGGAAACCUGGUUUUCUCUGGAAUCUUCACAGCAGAGAUGGUGCUUAAGGUCAUCGCUCUGGAUCCGUACUAUUACUUCCAGACUGGCUGGAACAUCUUUGACAGCAUCAUCGUGUGCCUCAGCCUCAUGGAGCUUGGCCUGUCGGACGUUGAAGGCCUCAGUGUGCUGCGUUCAUUUAGACUGUUGCGUGUCUUCAAGCUGGCACGUUCAUGGCCAACUCUCAACACCCUAAUCAAAAUCAUCGGGAACUCUAUAGGUGCUCUCGGUAACCUGACGCUCGUCCUCGCCAUCAUUGUCUUUAUUUUUGCCGUGGUGGGCAUGCAGCUGUUUGGAAAAAACUACCAGGACUGUGUCUGUAAGAUCUCGAAGGACUGCAGUCUUCCUCGCUGGCACAUGAAGGACUUUUUCCAUUCCUUCCUCAUCGUCUUCAGGGUGCUGUGCGGCGAGUGGAUUGAGACCAUGUGGGACUGCAUGGAGGUGGCGGGGCAGCCACUUUGUAUCCUCGUCUUCAUGUUGGUCAUGGUCAUUGGAAACCUGGUGCUGUUGAACCUCUUCCUGGCUCUGCUCCUCAGCAGUUUCAGCUCCGACAACUUGUCUGCUCCUGACGACGACGGCGAGAUGAAUAACUUGCAUAUCGCCAUCCACAGGAUCACAAGAGGCCUGGCCUGGUUGCGCAGACAGGUGGUGGACUUCUUUAAUGGGAACCUGAAGCGCCGCCGUCAGAAACGGAAAGAGGCCAAAGCUAUGAUGAAGCUGAAACGCCUAAGCACCAUCCACACAGAGGUCAACGGAGCAGUGAUCGGUCGUCAUGUGGAGAAGUACGUAGUUCCAGAAGACGACAGCUACAUGACAAACCCUGACCUGACCAUCAGCGUCCCCAUCGCUCCCGGAGAGUCAGACACCGAGUUCCCUGAAGAAGAGGAGGAGGAGGAGGAGGAAGAAGGAGAGGGCGAGGAGGUGCAGAGUGAAGGCGAGGAAGGAGAGGUGGAGCUGGAAGAGCAGAAGGAUGACAUCAGCCUGUCUGAGGGGAGCACUGUAGACCUGAGGAAACCUGGGGAAGAGGAGGAUGAGUACUCAGAGUUGGCUGAAGAGGCAAUGGACCCCGACAACUGCUUCCCAGAUGUGUGCGUGUCGCGCUUCCAGUGCUGCGACAUCGACACGACAGCAGGACUCGGGAAGAUCUGGUGGAGGCUGAGGAAGACCUGCUUUCAGAUCGUGGAACACAGCUGGUUCGAGUCCUUCAUCAUCUUCAUGAUCCUCCUCAGCUCUGGAGCUCUGGCCUUUGAGGACAUCUACAUCGAGCAGCGGAGGAUGGUUAAGGUGGUGCUGGAGUUCGCUGAUAAGAUUUUCACCUACAUCUUCAUCCUGGAGAUGAUUCUGAAGUGGCUGGCCUACGGCUUCAAGAAGUACUUCACCAACUACUGGUGCUGGCUGGACUUCUUCAUUGUCGAUGUUUCUUUGGUCAGCCUGGCGGCCAACAUGUUGGGCUAUUCAGACUUUGCAGCCAUCAAGUCCCUGCGGACGCUGCGGGCCCUUCGGCCUCUCAGAGCCCUCUCCAGAUUUGAAGGCAUGAGGGUGGUGGUGAACGCUCUGAUCGGAGCCAUUCCCUCCAUCAUGAACGUGCUUCUGGUCUGCCUCAUCUUCUGGCUCAUCUUCAGCAUCAUGGGCGUCAACCUGUUUGCCGGGAAGUUUGGCCGCUGCGUCAGCCGCUCCGGCUACAUCCACGACUUCCGAGAGAUCAACAACAAGUCCGAGUGCGAGGCCAAAAACGACACGUCUCAGUACUACUGGACCAAAGUGAAGGUGAACUUUGACAACGUCGGCGCCGGGUACCUGGCAUUGCUCCAAGUGGCGACGUUCAAAGGUUGGAUGGAUAUCAUGUAUGCGGCUGUGGACUCCAGAGCUGUGGAGGAGCAGCCUGUCAAGGAGAUCAAUCUGUACAUGUACCUGUACUUUGUCAUCUUCAUUAUCUUUGGCUCCUUCUUCACCCUCAACCUCUUCAUUGGUGUCAUCAUCGACAAUUUCAACCAGCAGAAACGAAAGUUAGGAGGGCAGGAUAUCUUCAUGACAGAAGAACAAAAGAAAUACUACAAUGCCAUGAAGAAGCUGGGCUCCAAGAAACCUCAGAAACCCAUCCCUAGACCUCUGAACACGCUGCAGGGAUUCUUCUUCGACUUGGUUGGUAAACAGGCGUUCGACAUCAUCAUCAUGGUGCUGAUCCUCUUCAACAUGAUCACCAUGAUGGUGGAAACGGACGAGCAGUCUCCUCAGAUGGAGAAGAUCCUGUAUCACGUCAACCUGGCCUUCAUUGUCGUCUUCACCAUUGAGUGCCUCAUUAAAAUUGUGGCGCUGAGAUGCUACUUCUUCACAAUCGGAUGGAACAUCUUUGACUUUGUUGUCGUCAUCCUUUCCAUCGUUGGAAUUGUCCUCGCCGAUAUCAUCGAGAAGUACUUUGUGUCCCCGACCCUGUUCCGAGUGAUCCGACUGGCACGUAUCGGUCGCAUUCUGCGCCUCAUCAGAGGAGCGAAGGGCAUCCGGACGUUACUCUUCGCCCUCAUGAUGUCUCUUCCUGCCCUCUUCAACAUUGGACUGCUCCUCUUCCUCGUCAUGUUCAUUUACGCCAUAUUUGGCAUGGCUAACUUUGCUUAUGUGAAACGACAAGCGGGGAUUGAUGACAUGUUUAACUUUGAGACGUUUGGGAACAGCAUGAUUUGCUUGUUCCAGAUCACCACUUCUGCAGGAUGGGACAGCCUGCUCAGCCCCAUUCUUAACAACUCGCCGGAGGAGUGUGACGCUAACAUCCCCCACACGGGCACCACAGUCAGGGGAAACUGUGGAAACCCAUCCGUUGGCAUCACCUUCUUUGUCACCUACAUCAUCAUCUCCUUCCUCAUUGUGGUGAACAUGUACAUCGCCAUCAUCCUGGAGAACUUCAGUGUAGCCACAGAGGAGAGCACCGAGCCGUUGAGCGAGGACGACUUUGAGAUGUUUUAUGAAGUUUGGGAGAAGUUUGACCCUGAGGCCACACAGUUCAUUGAAUAUGCCAAAUUGUCAGACUUUGCUGAUGCGUUGUCAGAGCCGUUGCGGAUUGCUAAGCCUAAUAGGAUCAAACUCAUCUCCAUGGACCUGCCAAUGGUCAGUGGGGACAAAAUCCACUGCCUGGACAUCCUCUUUGCCUUCACCAAGCGUGUGCUGGGCGAGUCUGGAGAGAUGGACGCCCUGAAGCAGCAGAUGGAGGAGAAGUUUAUGAUGGCCAAUCCGUCCAAAAUUUCCUACGAGCCGAUAACAACAACUUUACGGCGCAAACAGGAAGAGGUUUCUGCCACCAUUAUUCAGAGGUGCUACCGCAGACACCUGAUGAUACGGCAGGUGAAGGCGGCUUCCUACUUGUACCGUCAGAUCACUACGCCUCAGCACGCGACUGAGGACGGUGAAGCGCUAAGCGAGGUGAUAUUUGGAGAUGAUGCCCCUGAGAAAGAAGGACUGAUUGCGACCAUGAUGAAAGAAAACUAUGUCUCAAGUUUGUUAAGGAUAGAGCGGUCUACGACGAUUUCCUCCCCCUCAUCCCCGCCCUCUUACAACAGUGUGACACGAGCUGCAUCGGAAAUCUAUCAUCCGCUCGCGGUCAAGACAGAAACAGUAGUCGAAACCUCAGCAGAAGAACUGAGCAAUCAGUCAGCGGUUCAGCCCAAGACACAGACGGACACAGAACCUUAGGAGCAACUGUAACGCCAAAAAUCGACCUCUUUUUGGGGGAAAGCUGUUCGUUCUGUUGCUUUUGAAUGUAUCGUAGCUGAGGGACGCUGCUGCCCCCAAAAUGCUAUGAGUGAAAAACUGCAGGACGUGACUGAAGGAGCAAACUAAGAGGUUUAUGUACUACCUUUUAUGGCAUUUCCUGUUCCCCAUGUAGAUUCCAGGACUCAGCUGGGCAACUUUUUGGGGGGAGUUUUUUAAAGGAAAAAGGGAAAAACUGCACAAGCGAGAGAAAAAUCUCUCCUGUCGAGUCAACUUUGCCUUUGUUGGAGCAACAAAAGACUGAAGAAUGAAAGGGAGCCACUGCCUGUUUCUGACAGUCUGGACUGGUCUUUGGCCUCACCUACGGCUGCUCAGAACUAUUAUAUUACAGAUGUAUCUAUUAUUUAUUUGACUGCUCAGGUGGGGCUUUCCCACAGUUGAUCAAUAUUCUCAGAUUAUGCUUUGCUGUAAGGGCGGUGUCCAGGCGAUGCUUCUCAAUGGUUUUCUAACUUAAGGAGACUUGAGAGAGGAGGGCAAAUCAAAGAAACUUUUUCGUAGUAAAAGUAUAACGUUGUUGAUGUUACCAGUCUUUUAAUAGCGGUACAAUUAUUACUAUUUUUUAUAUUUUUUAGGGUAAGUUGGUAAAAAAAAGCAGCUUCUCUUUUGACUUUGGAGUGGCGCUAGCUAUGAAGAAGUUGCUGAGCUGCCAUGUUGUAACAGAAUAGAAGAGACUUUGCGGUCAUCUCAAUAAGCUGAAAAGCAGCAUCAUCUGUUUUUGUUCAGCAGGUUUGCACUUUUGAGUUUACAUUCAACGACACUUUACUGCACCCGGGCUGAAUAGACAGACAGGAGCCUGGGAGGAGGUGUUUUCCUCCUCUGAUGACACCAAAAAAAGUGCACAACAACAAUUUCCCAACUCGUCUUAGAUGUUUAGCCUCGUUGGCGAACAGCUUCCUGUCCCUUGCUUACGCCUGGUGGGUGAUGUGUCGGUAAAAAGUCCUGCAUGAGGAUAAAUAUUAGAUAUUACAAUUAGGUCACUAAUUAGUGAUGCAUUUUUAGCAAGACAUUCACUUUGAGGUAACUAUAACACGUUUUAAAUACUCUAUAAAGAAUUAAAGCCGUUAAUCGAAAGUAAAAAUGCAAACUUUAAUGAUUUUAGCUGAGUUUUUAUCUAACGUUCAUAUCAUCACUGGCUGCCGGCAUGAAAACUCAGGUUAAUGUACGUUUUCAAAGCUUAAUAAAGAUGCAAAUAAAAUAAAUUCAUACCAUUAUGUUUAAGCAUGCAACAAAUUUUAGAAGCUUAAAAAACUAUAUCCAUGUAGGACUGUUCUCCUUCUCUACAAACUUUCCAUUACUAAACCUUUUUACCGAUCACCUGCUGUCAUGAACUACCCAUCUGGUCUGGUUCUGGCCCUGACAAACAUCUGGAAUUUAACCAGAUUGAGAUGUUGUCUGGCCAGACGGGACUGUGAUGAGACAAUCAGCAUUGAGACGACAUGAAGCUCAGCCCUUGGUGUCUGAGCUGUCACAGUGUCCGGAAAAAACCUCAGAGACUGAACGUAAACACAAGUUCAGUGAGGCUCGGAGAACAAACAGGCACCACCUUAAGGUUGGUUCCCAUCUGCUGUACAAUGUCACCCCCUUUUCUUGAUCAGUUGGUCCUGGUUUUGUCCUACCACAAACAAAAACGUCGGUCUUCCUACAUUUUAUGACAUGAUACAGUCUUUAAAUCGCUUGAGGAAAGGCUGCUUUGUUUCCCCACAUGUGCCAGCGUUGCAGGUUUUACUGCUGUGACUUUCUGGAGAUCAAACACAGAAGCAACUCGAAGCCAUAAAAGUGAUGCAUCUCAACUGAUGAGCAUCUAACCACCCCUUAUGUUGGGCACUGGAGCUGGUGAUCAAAGGACGAUAGUCACUUACGGUACGUGGGGACAUCUGGUGUGAUCUGACAUGAGUCCUUGGUCAUAGCAGUCAAAAGAGCAGUUCCAUACCCAUGGCGUACAACAUCAUACUUAAUAAAAGUUGUUGGACUGCCUCCACAUUCAUUGAUUGAUCACCAAAAAGCUUCACUGUUUCAAUUCUUUGAAGCCUGAUUCUUUUAUCAGCUUGAGCUGCUACUAGUUCAGACGUGACAACAAACCAGCACUGAGCUCAGUUCCGCCUUAUUUAAGCAAGUAAAGUUGCCUGAGCUCAGCUCAGUGCGCAGGUUGAACUCCAUGCUCCAUCAUCAGAUUUUGUUUUCACUGAGGCCGUGUCACCUCAGACACACCACGACUGACUGCAAUAGCAUCAGCUGCUGUGGGUCUGUUUUCAGUCUUAACUCUGCAGAAACUCAAGUCAUGGAUUUUGAUCAGCACAAUAAGGAAGAUGGUGAGAAACUGGUUCAUGGUUUAAAAAUAACAGACGAUAAUAGGAAAUAAUUUUAGCUUGUUGGAGCUAAUCCCAGAAUUCUAGGACACUGCAUUUUCCAAACAUUUCUUUAAUGGAGAUGAACCCUUAGCUCUGAAGCACAGGACCUCUGUACCUGGUCCUUUCUUUAUUUACUUGUAAACAUGAUCUGAAUAGAAAAACUCAUUGGCCUUUGCUGCUGGUUUUCCAGGAUGCUGGAAUUUUCUUUCUUCCUUUCUAAGAACUUUGAUUUUUCCAGUAACAGAAAAAGGCUGUUGAAUUGAAAGGUCAAAGUUAGCCAUAAUGGUUCAGAUUAUUCCAAACUGCAUGUCUUUUUAUGAGGUAAUAGCAGUUUUGUAGAGUCGCACAAAUCAAACUUUGAAAGGAACGUUUUCCAUCCAUCCUCUGCUGUUUUUCUUUUUUCUUUUUCACCCUCUGCUUUCUGAUUUCUUUUCUUCCUUGACCUGUGUUGGUCUGAGGGGGGGCGAGGGCCAAACGAGGCUGCUUUUACCUAUUUGCACAGAGAAAAUGAACUAACGCGUUUAGCAAUAACAUAUGUUAGGUGAGUUUGUGGGUGGCGUUGGACUUCUGCGGCGCUGCAUGAACCUGACGUGAGUUGCCACCUCUGUUUCCCGGGAACAGCAGGGAGGGGGGCGUUUCUUGGAUUCCCUCACAGGUGAAUAUGGAGGCGGAGUUAAUGCUUGUUUUUAUGACAUGUACAGUUUCGAUCUCGGUACCUGGAUCGACCUCUCUCUCUCUCGUUGUCUCUGUUGUCACUCAAAGGAUCUUUAUUAAACAAUGCUUUACUAGAAUAACUUUAAAAUGUUUUUAAAAAUCUACUGGCACCGUCUGGACUCUAUUUCUACUCAAUUCUAUUGAGAAUAAAUCACCUGAUGACACUUACGACACUGCUGAGAGGUGUAUUUCAGGUUGCAGUUGUGCUGAAGGGCUGUUUUAAGUAGCAAUAGACCCAGAGUGUGCCUGCAACACCAAACCCAACAUCUGAAGCCAUGUUUUUCUCAUCUGUCCAUUAAAAAUGUCAUUCAGCGAUCAAUUGAUGUGUUCCUUGACUGACUGCUUUAACAUGUUCCAUGUGUGUCCUGCUUCAUCACCACUGUGACUCUUCCUCACAGGUUUUCUAGCAAACAGCUGGUUAAGUGGGGACACUGAGAGGUUCAGACUCGCUGAAGGCAAACCGAGCAGCGUUAUGCCGAAGCUGAGCGGCACAGAAAACCUGUUCUGUACUUUAAUAAAGAUGCAAAUCCAGUGGCUGGCUGGGACGUGAGCAGGCGGUGAUGAGCAUUAGUGGUUUGGGACAGUGAGGUCUAUAAUUCAACUAAUUUAUUUUAGAUCCCAGCUUGCUUACGAAAUGUUUCCGUAAAACAGCUGGAGCUAACCUCAGUCAACAUAGGAUGAAGUGUAAACUGUGGCAGUCUCUGAUCUGUGGUUAGCAUUCCCUGCCGUUCCGUUCACAGAUGGAAUCAAAAAUUCAAACAUUUCAGUGAAAGCUGCAGACUGGAAAUGUCCUGGCUUUGGUUCAUAUCAAAAGUCUGAAUAUUGAGGUUAAUGCAACUCAAACACCAAACAACACAUGAUCGAUAUUUUAACAUAACGAAAGGAUGACAAAAUUGCUGGUUGGUUGAUAUCUAGUGCCAUGUAUUGUUAAAGCAAUUCGGACACAAGCUUUUCUUUUUUUAAACAGUAAACAUGGCGUCACAGGUUUCCUGAGGUAAAAACUUAAUAAAUAUGAACAUUUUACGACGACUAUUUAUGAUUCUACUGUGUUCCGAUGACGAAAACUUGGAAGAUUAAUGAAAAUAAAAAAAAAUUUAAAUCAUUUUUAUAGAUGAAAAAUCAUUUAAAAGCAAUGCAUAGAUAUUCACUGAUCUAGUGAGAACUGAUGCCCACUGGUAUGUUUGCAGAGGCUUCUGGGAAAUUUCUUAGGCACUGGAUUUUGGAAUUGCAGCUUUGGAAACCCCGACAAAAAUGGUGAAUGUAUGUAUAUAGUGCACUAUGUAGAGAAGAGCGAAGGAAGUCAGACACACCUCUGACAUACUUAAACAAAGCUUAAUUAAUGAAACAAAAGAGUUUAGAUUAUCCAGCCUUAGCUUAGAAAACUUACUGAAGAACAUUUUAUAAUAGUUCUGCCUCUGCAGUUCACUGACAAAGAGUUGUAAGGAGCUUCCCCAGCUUUGAACCAAAACAGUUGGUGUGUGCUGCUGUCCUCCUUCAGGGAGUCUGAACCUUUGACUCGGCUUUGAGCACAAACGCAGCCGGGCUGUGGACGGCUGUCUGCUGUGCUGCUUCAGCUCUCUGUUCAAACACGUCACCAGUGUGCAUAAGGAGAACUCCUGAAACAAGCUGAAGUUCACAUUAGAAUGAGUCCGCUGCCGACGUUUCUGAACCAAAAGCUCGGGCGAAAACAUCCACCAACAGAGGAAAUGCAAAGAAAAUACACCCCUAUUGUUUCUUCUUACUGUUGUUGCUGUUACCUGUGUGAUAAAUGCAAUACGACAAAUGUAUCAAGUCCUUCAUCCACAGUAAGAGAAGAGUAAUUUUCUCCUGGCAUCCUCUCACUGCUGGUCGCCUCGUUUACACGCCCGCUGGUUUCACUGGUUUCAUCCAGAGUCAUAUCAGUGCAGCAGGAACCUCAGAUCUGCAGAGAGUUGCCUUUUCAGGUGGAACAAGAUCCAUGUUUUGAUGUGUUCAUUCAGGACCAGCACGCAGUCUGACGCUGCAAACCCAGCAGCAGCAGACGAAGCAGCUCUCGGAAAGGUCCAACCGUGUGAAUGUUGUGGAACUCCAGACGGAAAAUCUGUGGUUUUGACCCCAAAAUUCCCAACUGCUGUUAAAAAAAACAGGAAUUCUGAAAGGCUAAGGACGGCAGCCGGCGAAACCGCGGAGUAAAGGAGGCGACGCCGUGCCUCAGUGACCCCAGCUGAUGUUUUAAAGAACACAUAUAUACUUUUUAGUACUUUAAGUUGAAAUACUUUUUAGUAUUUUGCAAACACGUGUCUCUGUAUAUAAAAUAAAGCCUCCUGUAAUAAAUGAGACAAAAGUUUAAUACUG